AUGCCUUCGAUAUUGAUGUUUGAGGAGGAUGACAUCCAAGUGCAGUAUCAUCCCAAUAGUCAGCGCCCAACACAGGUUUUUCAGUUUGAGGAUUAUGGACAUGGUCUUGGCGCCCCCACAGUAGUUCCACCAGUUGAACCUGAGCCGUGGUACCCAUUCCAAACUCGGAUCGACUUCGAAGUUGCGGAGCUUGUUCUUGAAGCAGCACUCACUCACCAGCAGACAGACCAGCUUUUUGACCUCAUUCGUCACACCAAGUCUGAACAGUUCACGCUUCGGAAUCGCAAAGAUGUACGAGAUACAUGGGACAUGGCUUCGUUUAAAUUGACACCUUUUGUAAAGGAAGAGGUAGUUGUGCCAUUUCAAGGUGAUGAUAAGACAUUUCAACUAUUCCAUCGCUCAAUAUGGGACUGGGCUGUGGAUCUCCUUCAGGAUCCCCAAGUUGGUCCGCAUUUUGUCUUUGAUGCUGAACGGCUUUCGAAGUUUAACAGUGACAAGUUCGUUCAGUUCAUUCAUGAGCCUUGGACAGCCAACACAUUCUGGGAGUAUCAAUCAAAAAUACCAUCAGAUGCCAAGCCUCUCGCCUUCAUUCUUUAUGCAGAUAAAGCCAAAUUGUCGUCAUUUGGUCGGGUGAAAGGUUAUCCUGUUGUUGCUCGGUGUGCUAACCUUCCUGUUGCCAUUCAUAAUGGAGAAGGCUUGGGUGGUGGACAUGUAGUGGGAUGGCUACCAAUUGUGAAGGAGGACAAGAAGCGCUCUGGAAAGCUGGUAUAUGUCAACUUCAAAAAUGCAGUAUGGCAUCAAUCAUUUCUGAAGAUCCUUGCCUGCCUUGCACCACUGUCGAAGUUUGGAUCUGCUGUUAAAUGCUGGGAUGACAUCAUUCAUAUCUUCUAUCUGAUCAUACUCAUACUCUCUGCAGACUACGAAGAACAGUCUGUGAUGGCAUUGAUUCGUGGUCUGAUGGGAAAAUUCCCUUGCCCUAUAUGUCUUGUGCCUCGUGAUGAGCUUUCUAAGACAUCUAAUAUUUAUCCUCUUUGCACAUCUGCAGGUGCGAAGGCAUUACGUGUUCAGGCCCGAGAGUCUACAACCUUGGAAGUGCGAGAACAAAUACUGAGCUCCGAGAGCCUUCGUGAUGUUGAUAAUUCAUUUGAUACCAUGGAGAAUACUGAUGUUCAUCGGGCUCUCUCAAAUGACAAACUCCACUUUAAUGAUGGUGGCCUUUUCAGUGAUCACCUGUGGGCUGAACUGCAAAAGUGGAUCGAAAGUUCAGGUCGACAAGCUGCUGUGCAGAUUGAUAGCUCCUUUCACUCAUUUCCAUGCUGGCGAAAUCUCAAUCAUUUUGACCAGGUUACAUCGAUAUCUUUUUCUGAUGGAAUGAAGUAUGAAGAUAUGUCAAAGGAAACUCAUAAUGUAUUUCGUCAAGAUCAGGAUUCAGAGGCUUAUCUUCUGCUCCGUUGUAUUUGUAGCUAUGUGGAAUUCAACACAUAUGCUUCAUUAGACGUCCAUACUGAAGACACUAUCAAAGAUGGCCGAAAAGCUCUCGAAAAUUUGACUCAAUUGAUGGAUAAAUACAUCAAAGACACGUUAGACUUAAUUGACAAGUCGUGGAAUUUCCCGAAGAAACAUCUUUCUGCACAUCUCUUUGACAAUAUUGAGGCAAAAGGUGUCACCCAAAACUAUAACACAAAACUGAAUGAAAAAAUGCAUGGCCCACUGAAGGAUGCUUAUCAGGAUCGUACAAACUUCAAGAACUUCACUGAGCAGAUUCUCCGAUAUAACCAUGACAGCCUUAUCGCAGAAUACAUUUGCGGCAAGUUGAGCUGUCUUGAUGCGCAAAAACUCAGCCUACUCGACGUGUCAGAUCUGCCCAAGAUUGAUUCAGAGACUGAACCGAUGACAGAUGGGCUACAUUUCAGUCUUGGCUCACUGCAGGCAAUGCAGUCAUUUGCAGAUGUCGAAGCCAUCAACUAUGAAUCACUCGUUGACUGGCAUGUAUCUGCCGAUUAUCUCCGAUGCAGUUCAAUGUUUCACGGAUUGCCUCAAUAUGAUUUCGUCAUCCUGCAGACAGAAGCUAGCGUCAUCUUCGCACAAUUAUUGAUGGUCUUUACCUGCAUGGUCGGAGAUGAGGACAAAGAUUUUGACUUCUGGCGAGUUAAGGCAAAGCCUCGAGUCUCUGUGGAAUUCUUUUCAGUGCAAUCCAUCAUCCGUGGUUGUGUAUUGGUGGAAGACAGUAGCAGACCCAAUGAGGCUUUGGUUGUUGACACUCUCGAUACAGAUAUGUUCCUUCGCAUAAAGGAAAUUUGUACUAAUAGUACUACAGCUGGUUAUUAG